AUGGCCUAUUCACAAUUUGGAGAUAUUGUUAUUUUUGACACUACUUAUAAGGCUAAUCGAUUUGGCUUCCCCUUUGCACCUUUUGUUGGAGUUAACCAUCAUAUGCAAUCUAUUUUAUUUGGUUGUGCUCUAAUUGCCGAUGAAAAAGAAGAAAGUUUUCUAUGGGUAUUCCAAACAUGGCUAAAAUGUAUGCUAGGGAAAUAUCCAAAAACCAUUGUUGCAGAUCAAGAUUUGGCUAUGGGAAAGGCUAUUGCAAAUGUUUUUCCAAACUCUAGCCAUCGACUUUGCUCUUGGCACAUUGGAAGGAAUUCAAUGAAGUAUUUAGCAGAUUUGAAGAGUAAAGAUGGCUUUAUGCGAGAAUACAACAACUGGUUGCAUCAUAGUGAAUCUAUUGAAGCAUUUGAGAAUAGAUGGGGUGAAAUUAAAGCAACAUACAACAUUGAUGAAAGACACUGGUUGAGCAAGAUGUAUAACAUUCGAAAUAAAUGGGUUUCUUUAUAUUGGCAAGAUAUAUUCACAGCUGGAAUGACUACUACACAACGCAGUGAAAGUAUCAACUCAUUUUUUGAUGGAUUUGUUAAUGCUCAAUCAGCAUUGGAUGAGUUUUUUGUUCAAUAUGAUAAAGCUUUGCUUGCUCGAAGAAAUGCUGAAGAAAAUGAAGAUUUCAAGACUUUGAACUCUGUACCUAACUAUCACACAAGUCAUCCAAUCGAGAGACAUGCAGGAGAAGUGUAUACAAGAGUUGUGCUUAAUAUCUUUCAAGUGGAAUUGCGAGAAAGUGAUAGUAUGCUUGCCGAACGAGUUUGA